AUGAUAUACCCCCACCCGAAUUUAUCCUCGUUCCGGCUUCGUCUUCUCUGCGCUUGCGGCAUGCUUUUCUCACCGACGUAUGGCGUUCAGGAAUGUUCCACACUCUGCCCUUCACCAUUCAGCACGACCACGCUCAUCGUGGACAAGCAGCAAGGCGCGGCGGAUUUGAGGUGUUCGUGCAUCAAGUGGCAGCCUUGCUCCUCCUCCUCCUCCUCAUCCACCUCAUCCUCCUCCUCUUCCGUCUCCUCCUCCACUCAUGUUACAUCUCCCCGCAGCCAUGGCGUGCGUGCGGUCCCAUAG